AUGAGGAGAAAGGUGUAUAAGGAGAGGACGCAGCCAAAGGACCGCAGGAAGUAUGGGAAGCUCGAGAAGAAGAAAGACCUAGUGAAGAGGCUUGCAAAGAUCAACAAGCAGAAGGACGAGAUCAGAAAGGCGAAGGAGGAAAUAAGACACAAGAGCGGGCAGGAAUACUUCUUUGGAUACCAUUCCGUAAAGAAGGAUGGAUCUAGCAUCUACAGGGUCGACGAGCCUACUAUUGAGGAGCUUGCAAAGAUGAAGAUCUACAUUGACAAUGAAAUCCAGAGGUGCAGGAAGAAGUUGGAAAGAUAUGCUCCCAUGCCGUGUGGGACACACAUCAAGUUCGAGGAGGACAGCUUGGAGAAGAAUGAGGCAGACAUGCGCUUUGGACAAAAAGAGGAGAUACGAGAGGAGUUUGAGAGGUACAUGGAGGAGCUGAUUGUAAAGAGAAGAGAGGUCCUAGAAAGGAUGAACGAGCUAGAAGACUCAGUGUAG